AUGAAAAAACAAAUCCAGUUACCAACAGAAAACAAAUUUGCAACAAUAGUUCACGCACAAAAAUAUCACACAUUUCCAGAGUUUACCCUAGAGUCUGGUGUCACUUUACAUAAUGUCACCGCAGCAUAUAAAACAUGGGGAAAAUUAAACGCGACGAAAGAUAAUGUGAUGGUUAUAUGUCAUGCAUUGACUGGUAGUGCAGAUGUUGAGGACUGGUGGGGACCGCUUAUCGGCAAAGGUCGAGCAUUUGAUACUUCAAAAUUUUUCCUCUUUUGUGGUAAUGUGCUUGGAUCUCCGUAUGGUUCUACUUCACCUGUCACCAUUAAUCCUGAUACUGGUCGAAUUUAUGGCCCUGAAUUUCCAUUGGCUACUACACGCGAUGAUGUUAGACUACAUAAAUUAGUGCUAGAUCGUUUAGGCGCAAGACAAAUUGCUAUUGUUGUUGGUGGCUCGAUGGGAGGAAUGGCAGUACUUGAGUGGGCUUUUUUAGGUACUGAUUACGUAAAAACUAUCGUUCCAGUUGCUACUUCGGCUAGACAUUCAGCAUGGUGCAUCAGUUGGGGUGAAGCUCAACGACAAUCAAUCUAUAGUGAUCCUAAAUAUCUCGACGGAUAUUAUAAUCCAAAUGAUCCUCCAAACACGGGAUUGGCAGCUGCUAGGAUGGCCGCACUUUUAACAUACCGUUCGCGAAUUUCUUUCGAGUCACGAUUUGGUCGUAAAUAUCAUGAUCCAUCAAAAAAUCCAGCUGGUGAACUAAGUCAGUCAAAAGUUAUUCCAACAACUUCGGCCGAAAAAGCAUUACUUUUACACAAUGAUGGCCAUCAUAGCGAGAACAUAAUUAAUGGCAUAUAUUUCAAUAGUAAUAAUAUAGAAAAAGAAUUUUCAACGGUGGCUUCUCCGAGUUUAUUUUCUGCACAAUCUUAUUUGCGAUAUCAAGGCGAGAAAUUUGUAAAGCGAUUCGAUGCCAAUUGUUAUAUUAGUCUAUCGAGAAAAAUGGAUGCACAUGAUGUAACUACAGGGAGAGGAGAACAACUAGAUCAAGUCUUGAGCAAGAUAACUCAAUUUGCAAUGGUUAUUGGCAUAGAAUCUGAUGGUCUAUUCACAAUCUCUGAACAACAAGAACUUGCUGAUCACAUGCCAAAUGCAGAAAUGGUCACAAUACAAUCACCAGAAGGUCACGACGGUUUCUUGCUCGAAUUCGAUCAGAUAAAUUGUCACCUUUUGCGUUUUAUCAAGACACAUCUACCUGAGAUUUAUCAACAAGAUGCAUCGACAGAACAAGAACAGGAAAAAGUAGAAAAAUUGGUGGCAACAAAGAACAGCUUAUUUGGUGAGGCUGAAGUAGGUGAUAUGUUGAAAUGGUGA